CGAUUCCGAUCAGGUAGGAUACGAGUCUGACGGACGAAUACAUCGGGCGCUUGCGAGAGCUCGUCUGGGAUUAAAGCCGCCUUAACUACCAGACUGACAUACACAGAUCACUGCACUCUACCAGUGCCGCCAUGUCCACGUCCACCACCGACGCUCUCCCGCCCACCAAAUCGCCCCUGCUCACCCUCCCCGCCGAGCUCAUCGAAGCCAUCCUCAUCGCCCUCGCGCCCUCCUGCGUCUCCCCCCCAUCCCCGCUAGACGACCCCGCCCUCCGCCCCGAACACACCCUCCUCCUCGCGCACACGCUCGCCGCGCUCUCAGUUACCUGCCGCCAGCUCAACAGGGUCCUCGCGAGCCCGCCCGACGGGCAUCUCUGGCGGGAGAUAUACCUCGGCGUGUGGGACGACCCGCGCCGCGCGAUCAAUGCGGGGGUCGCGCCCGGGUAUGGGCACGGGCACGGGUCGGCGCACGGGGAACCGAGCGGGAGCAAAGCGAAGGACGUCGACUGGGAGGGCGAGUUCAAGGCGCGCGUGCGCGCCGCGGCGUACUUUCUCUCUGCCCCCUCGUCGCCCUCCCCGUCCUCCUCGCACACGACGCGGGAACAGGAAGCAGCCUUCCGCGCGCUCCUGGCGACGCUGCACACCGCGCACCCGAUCCCGCCCGCGCUCGCCGCGCCGCUCGCGAGCUGGGCCAACUUUCCCGUGCCGGGGCAGCCGCUGCCCGCCGUCUUCCCGCGGUCUGCGUCUGGGUCGGGGUCAGGAGGGGAGGGCAUCAGGAAAACCCUCCCAUGCUAAUUAGACAUAAUUUAGACAAAAUUAUGUAUGAUCGCAAAAAAUCC